UAAUGUGACCUCUUACUAUUAUUAGUAUUAGUAUUAGAUAGGUUGGCAGUAUCAAUUCUUUGUGAGUUAGCGGAGCGGUACUACUAGCAUUUGUUUUUAAGCAUCUUUGGAGGAUUGGUUGGAUAUGACGAGUAAACGCAUUUUGCUUUUUUUCAGUUUUAUGGUGAACUGGUGAUGGCGAUAUAUGCAACUUCCAAGCGUUUUAGUACAAAAGAAUUAAUUAAUAGGUUUGCAGUUUUGACCAGGGAACAGAAGAUGCCGGCUGCUAAUUGCCACUCUCCCUAUUCUUCUUCUACUCCUUUUCCUCACCUCAGCUUAUCUGAUAAUGAAAUCCUCACUGUGUCUCCUAAGCUAUCUGCUCUUCCAGAUUCUAUUGUAAAGUCAGAGAAUACACUAUCUUGUGAAACUUCCCAGAAUUGGAACUGUGAGAAUACAGCGGGCUGUUCCUCAUUUGUAUCUAUUCCUAGUAAUGGCACUCCGGCUCUGAAGUCUUCUGAUGCAUUGAGGAAGGAGAUUGCUACACUCGAAGCUGAAAUAUUGCAUUUGGAGCGAUAUCUUCUGUCACUCUAUCGGAUAGCUUUUGAAGAACACCUGCCUGUCUUCUCAGAUGCCCCUAAAAACCAUUUGGAAUACAAGGAAGAAUCACCAUCCAAAGUUAUUGUAAAUCAACCAUGUGUAGAGAGAAGCAGUUUCGUUUAUCAUGACCGAAAUACCCCUCCACCUGGCUGGGCCAGCUCAGAUCGGCAGAGUUGCAGUUCAUGCUUACAUUCAACAUCUACAAGGGACCAGAAGAACGCCAAUUCAGGUCGUCGCAGCCUUGCAGAUCAUCUUGGUUCUUCUUGCUUAGUCAACAGCCGCACUCCAGAUGGACUCUCAGAAGACAUAUUGAAAUGCAUAUCUUCUAUUUACUGCAGACUUGCCAACCCCCCUCAUAGCAGCGGGGGUUUGCCAUCUUCUCCUCCUUCAUCUUUGUCAUCCUCCAGUAUAUUUUCUUCCCGCAAUCCCUGUGAUAACUGGAGUCCACAAUAUAGUGAGGAUACCAUACUGCGUUGUCAAGGGUUAAAAGAAGAGGGGGGAGGACCAUAUGCCGCGAUGGUGGAAGUUAUGAAGAUAUAUUUGGAUGAUGAUAGUUUCAAUUAUGCUGCUGUAAUGCUAAAAAAUUUCAGGUCACUGGUUCGAGGUCUUGAGAAGGUGGAUCCAAGCAAGAUGAAGCGUGAAGAGAGGCUUGCUUUCUGGAUCAACAUUCAUAAUGCAUUAGUCAUGCAUGCAUAUUUAGCUUAUGGAACUUGUAAUCGUGUAAAAGGAGGCUCGAUUUUGAAGGCAACAUAUAAUAUUGGUGGACAAUGCAUAAAUGCCUGUAUCAUUCAAAACUCCAUUUUUGGGAUUCGGUCUCACUACUCAGAACCGUGGUUGCAAACACUAUUUUCUCCAGGAAGGAAAUCAAAGACAGGGAGCAGCAGUCAUGUCUAUGCCUUGGAAUACCCAGAGCCACUUGUUCAUUUUGCGCUUUGCUCAGGGGCGUAUUCUGACCCUGCUGUUCGAGUUUACACGGCAAAGAAUAUCUUUCAAGAACUGAAGGUUGCCAAAGCAGAGUUCAUUCAAGCUAGUGUGUACAUACAUAAGGAAACAAAGAUUUUCCUACCAAAAAUACUCUGUUAUUUUGCAAAGGAUAUGUCAAUGGAUAUGUCUGGACUCUUGGAGGAAAUAGGUGGGUGUCUCACAGAAGUGCAACAGAAAGCUGUGAGAAAAUGUAUGAGGAAAAAGCUCGACAAAUACUUCAAUUGGUUACCACAAAGUUCAUCGUUUAGGUAUGUGAUUCAUGGAGAAUUAGCCAAAGGAAGAUAAUUGUCUGACUGCUUUCUCUUUGUUUACAUAGGAUGGAUAAUGUAAUGUGUCUUGAUAUUCCUCUUUUUUUUUUUUUUUUUUUUUUGUUGGAUUU